AUGACAGACACAGCGAGGUGGAAAGCUACGGUGUUCGUCGGUGGACUCGCGCCGGUUGUCACGAUCGCUACAAUACACGACGCCUUCCUCCCGUUCGGAGACAUCGCAGACGUCUCGCUUCCCAAGAACGAAAAUCCAAAUUCCAAAGACACGGAGCCACAUCGCGGUUUCGCGUACGUUGAGUUUGAGGAUGCAGAGGACGCAAAGGAGGCAAUAGACAAUAUGGACCAGGCUGAGUUCUUCGGCCGGGUCAUUAAAGUUACACCGGCAAAGGCACCGAAAAGUGCAGACGAGGGACUGGGAAGUAAAACUGCGAUAUGGGCACAGGAGAGCUGGUUGGCCAAAAAUGCAGUUGACGAGGAGGACAGCCUCGCCGCAGAGAAGGCGCAAGCACCAGAAGAUUCGAGGGCUGAAGACCCGAUGCAAGGUCUCGAGGGUUUGGAUGUGGCGGGGCCCCGACAAGCAUAG